CUUACAUGAUCACUUUAGUUUCCCAGAAAGAAAAACCUCUCACAUUAAUAAUGGACUCUCCUCCUCCAGCUCCAUCGCCAACUCUACCUCCACCUCCUCAUCAUCUACUCGCCGAGCAGUACAGGAAUUGGCUGGAUCUGCCCCGGGAAUUGAUGGAGUCUAUCCUCAAGAAGCUUAGCGUCAUCGAGAUCCUGACCAGUGCGCAAAAGGUGUGCUUGCCCUGGCGUGACAUCUGCAAUGACCCCUACAUGUGGCGAACCCUCAACAUGGUCGACGUCCAGGACUCAAGGAACAUGCCCUACGACCUCGAGGCCGAAAUGUGUCGCCAAGCCGUCGAUCUCAGUUGUGGCCAGUUGGUGAGAAUCAAAGUCGGCCGCUUUUGUACCGACAGGCUCCUUGAGUACAUCACUGAGAGUUCAAGAGGGCUCAGAUACCUUGGACUUUCAUGGUGUGAAAUUUCGGAAACUGGGUUCAGUGAGGCAGUUGCAAAUAUUCCAUUAUUGGAAGAGCUUGAACUUUCAUACUGUUCAUGGACAGAAAACUUUCCGGAAGUUGUUGGCCGUAGUUGUCCCCAUUUGAAGUCACUCAAAUUGAGACGUGAGGUUUAUGGGGGAGAUCAUGAGUGUGAUCUUUCGGCAAAUGCUAUUGCAGAGAACAUGCCUGGAUUAGUCAUACUUCACCUUGUUGGGAAUAAGCUGACUGAUAAUGGUUUGCUGGCCAUACUUGAUGGUUGUCCUCACCUUCAAACACUGAUACUUCGGAAUUGUCGUUGUGUCUCUCCGGAAGGGGAUGUUGGAAGAAAAUGUUCUGAACGGAGAAAAAACUUGCUGCUUGAUUAUUCCAAUGAUCACCAAGAAUUUGAUGAAAUGCCGGAAGUUGAUAGUGGAUAUCAUGAUUACUAUGACAACGACCCUGAAAAUUUAGGGCUAGCUUGAAUAUAUAAACCACUUUAUCUAACAUUACUCUUAUUUGAUUUGAAGACUCUUAUUUGAUACGAUUUACUUGUAGAACAAUCAUCUAAUGUUGCAAUUGAAAUGUAGUGGAAUAAUGUUAUAAAUUAGAUAUUUUAGGACAAAUCCUCCGACCGGUACUACAGGAAUAAUUGGUUGGAUCUUUGCCUUGAUGUGACGUCGUUGAUACUCGGAAGACUCGACGUCGUCAAGAUCCUGACUUGCUCGCAAAUGGUGUGCUUGCACGUACCGGGCGUAACGUCUGCAAGGACCCUUCCAUGUGGCGCACCCUCAACAUGGGCCACUUCAGGGAAUUAUGGCCGAGGUACGGGCGCUACGAUCUCAGGAAGAUCUACCGCCGCGCAGUCGAUCUCAGUUGCGUCCAGUUGGUGCAGAUCGAAGUCGGCAGCUUUUGUGACGACAAUCUCCUCAAGGACAUUACUCAACGUUCAGGGGAGCUUAGCUAUAAACUACUGGUGCUUCAGUAUUUCAGAUAAGGGAUGGAGUGAGGUUGCUGCAAAUAUUCCAUUAUUGGUGGAGCAUGAACUUUCAUACCGAUCUUGAAGCACUGAAAAAUUUCUGGAAGAUUGUGGAUAUUAUGAUGACUACUACUACUAUAUUGACGAUGACUUUGAAGACUUUGGUCUUGGAUCUGAAUCAUGUGAUUGAGUUGGAGCUUUAAUUGAGAGAUAUAUUUUUGUGCUGCUAUUAUCUAUUGGAUGGCUUAGAGCAUUCUCAUCCGCUUCCCUAAACGCCCAUUAUCUCUAUAUUUUGGAAAAACCUAGAAAGGUCCCUCCCAUCCGGAUCCCUAAAUUAGGGAUUUGAUUUAGGGUUAAUACAAUGGUUCCCAUAUUUGGGGAACUACUGUACAUCCUCAAUCGACCCAACUGUUCAUUUCCUGUUGUUGGUCCUGCAUGAAGAUCUCUCUUGAGUCUCAAGUGCCCUCGUUCUAUCAUCCCUCUCUAGCACCGUUUGCCACCAUCUUCAGAGGCCCCUUCAUCGGCUGGAUUUCAUAUCAGAUGCUCAAAGACUAGCACAAGCAAGCGAAAGACGUUUUGAUCUCUUUCAGAGGAAGUUUUUUUGCUUUAAACCCUCUCGAGAAUGUUACAGGGAAGUCAUUUAUAGUUGCAGAGGGGUCUAGAUGUUGUUUGGCCUUUUCAUUUCAUAGGCUUAUACUCCUUUUACAUGAGGAAAAAAAAAUCUGUUAGACUGAGUACUUGUUCUCCUUUUACAUGUGCAGUUUUUCAAUCAUAGGGCCCAAUACUUGACUAGGUAUUGACUAGAAUUUGGACCACCAAAGUUAUGAAUGGCAAUGCGAGCUGGCAGACUGAUUCAAGUUACGGCAGGUGCUUCUAUUGGGGGAAAGAGUAAUGUCUUGAAAGCAGUGAGGAAAGCAGGGCUUGGUGGAAGGAAGCCGCUUGGUUAUUUAUCGGUUUGAAUUAUACUUUGUUUCAUCAUUAUUAUUUAAAGAUUCGAGGAUACA